CCAACAGCAGGCAAGCAGGCAAGCAAGCCUCUUCACCAUUUCAAUCAUAUUCAUCAACAUUCAUCAGGAUUUUCCAUUUGUGGUCAUCUUAAUUUAUUUAUUUUUGUUCAUUGAAUAUUAUUUAAUGUCCACCAUUAAUCUAACUGCCAUGAUGCUACAAACUAGGGUUGGAAUUACAAGUUGAAAUUAAAUUGAGGUUAAAACCUGAUGAUCUGAUCUUUUUUACACGAUGGAAUCGGAAUCGUGUAUCAUAACUACCAAAAACAGAUUUAUUAAUCAAUCGUCAAGCCUACACUUUGAACAGAAGAUUUCUUUAAAUGGUCAUUGUGAUGGCUUACCACCAAGGAGUAACAAUAACAGUCAAGUUAGCCAGAAUGGUGCAAAUGAACAUAAAAGAUGGUCAACAAGUUACUCGCAGAAGACCGAUAUCAGUGAUAACUCAACGAGUCAACCAUAUAAUCAAGAUGAUUGUAGCUCAAAAGACUCAAAGUUACCCUCCUAUGUUGGUAUAAGUUGUACUAUUUCUGGUUAUAGUAGCUACAGUCGUUACUGUUCAUCUAUUCGAGGGAGUAUCAGUCGUGGAAGUAGUCCAAUCAUGAGAAACUACGAGGUAAUUGAUGGACCCAAUGUUGUUCAACAUCAUCAUACACAUAAUCAUCAUUUUCAUCAUCAAAUUCACCAUAACAACAAUCACAGUCAUCUAGAUUCAUCUCAUCAACCACAAAAUCAACGUCAAACAUUAUUUUCAGCAAUCUCACCAAACAAUUGGUCCAGAGAGGAAAACGGAAUAAUCUCAAACCAUACCCACAGGAAUAAUGAUUUAAAUUGUGAAGAUUCAGAGUAUGAUGUUGAUACGAGUGAAUCAAGUGAAAAGUCUCUAGUUCAAAGAAGGAUUGAAAGUUUGUACGGUUCAAAUGUUGCCGAAGUUUGGAGGGACUCUAGAUCAAAAGUUAAAAAAGUUAAUAAGAAAAAGAUUGAAAUGAUCAAUCAUCGAAGUCCAUCUUGUCCUCCUCAUGCUCUUAAAUCAAAAGAGUGCAAAAAGUCUCCUGCAGUCUUCAGUCAUCUGAAUGAGAAAUUCUUGAGUAAAAUUGAUGCUGACCCCAAAGAACCGGUGAACGGACUUAUUAGUAGGCUUAAUGAAGUAUUAAACGUUAACGGCACUAAGGAAAACGGAAUACAAUCAACUAAAGAGAACGGAUUCCAUCUUAGUGAUACAAUCGGACAUUACCAUCACAAUCAUAAUGGGGAAACUGCUCAUGGGAAUGGCUUUGAGCGUCAUCUUUCAGAUGAUUGCAUGGGAGAAGAUCAAGUUGACAAGGUUAAUAUUAAAGAGGAUAACCAUUAUGAGGAGAAGCAAGUUAUCAAACACGGUGAAAUGUAUUUGAUAAAAUUGGAGGAGACCAUAAAAGAAAUUAAAGCUCAAGUUAACAAGACUGAAUUAAUAUUACAAGAAGAAUCUCAUCUAAUGACUGAAGAGAUUAUUGGUAAUUUAUUAUCAUCUAUUGGUAAAGGAAAACUUCUCAUAACUCAAAAAUUGAAGCAAUUCAGAGAGCUAUGCCAUAAAAACAUUAAUGGCAACAGUUCUGAACAAUUUUCCACAAAAAAUGAAGAUUUGGACGGUUUCUGGGAAAUGGUGUAUAUUCAAGUUGAAGAUGUGCUUAAUGGUUUCGAAGAAAUUUACAAAUUGAAACAAAAUAAUUGGAUUGUUAAUGAAUCUGCUAAAAUAACUCAACCAAAGAACAGAUCUCCGAGGAAAAUAACUUCAAAGGCAUCACCUAAACAACAAAAAAACACAGCUCGAGAUGAAAUGAGAAAGCAACGUUUAAGAGAAGCUAAACUCAAGAACCAAUCACGGAUUCAAGAAAAGAAGGAUGAUGAAGAUAUCGUUAUUUUCGUCCCUUCGAAUGAUAAUAUGUUGAUAAACAAUGGUCAAAAGAAUGAUUCUUAGUUCUAUUAUUAUCAUUAACGUCAUUUACAGUGCAGAGGAUAAGCAGCCGAAAUAACUUCCUCUCUCUCUCGCUAUCUCCUUUAUUGUACUUCAUCUAAUGUUAAUGAAUUGGUUUAGGAUGAAAGUGAGAAAUGCAAAAACAAUUUUGUACCAAUCUCACGAUUCAUUUGCUUAAUAUUGAUCCAACUUUGAGUCUUUAAAGCAGUUCUUUGUUAAAUCAACUAGUACAAUGUAAAUGGAAUUUUUUCUUGUGAUAAUCGACUGAGCGCUAUCUCAAGUACCUUUAAAAGGUUUAUUAGGUUCAAAGUUAUAACUUUUUUCUACUUUCCAGCCAAUGUUAGACCUUAAAUCGUCUUACUGUUGGUUAUGAUAGAAUAGUUUACCGGGCGUUUCUAUUAUUCUCGUUCUCGUCAGUAAUAAUUUUUUUUGUUUGAUAUCAAACAAAGGUAAAAGCACGUCUAUAUUUAUAAAUCAUAUUCAGUUGUAGCAUAAUUCAGACAUCCAAUUCAUUCAAUUUCGCCCACUUUUUUUACGUAACUAAUAUGAAGAUAUGAAGAUAUUCCCAUAAUUGUAAACAGAUCAUUUAUGCAGCUAAAUUUUGAAAACUCAUAAGUUGAACUUAUUGUGUUCACUAUUUAGUUUGACACUUCAUCAUCCAAUUUUGUUGCAAACCUUUUCUGCUUUUCAUUACCAUAAUAAUGAUUAUAUUUUUUGUUUUCAAGUUUUCAACCAACAAUGGAAAAUAUUUGUAUCAUUUUUUUGCAUCAAUUGUUUUUCUGCUCUCCUGUCAAUCCUUGUGAACAAUCAAUUUUGUAAA